AUGACAAAAAUACGUCGUUCUUUUGAAUAUCAGUCUACUAACUUAUUUUUAAUAUAUUUGAUGUUAAUACUUUAUAUUUUUUCUUCGAAUACCGGUUUAAUUGUUGGUAUUUCCGGGUUCAAAAACAAUAAUAGAACUCCAUUGUUUAUGCAAAAUGUAUUACCAACUUACUUGGAUUUUCUCCACUGUAUCUUCUAUCAAUCCCAUCAUAAUUAUCAUGACUAUCAUUUAUGUUGGAAUAUCUAUAGUGAUGGCUUAAAAUCAUGUCAUUUGGAUGAGUAUUUUGAUUAUAUACACAAACUAAAUAAUUGUUGUAAUAAGCCAACCAUUAAUCUUUAUUCAAAAAAUUAUAAAAAAUGGUUAUCUAAUAUUCAUAAACGAAAACAAAAUCAAAUAAUUAAAAAAAUUACAAAUUCAAAUCAAAUUCAACAAAAAUUAAAACAAUUUCAUAAAUUUCAUACAUUUAAACAAGAAUCUUUACAAUAUUCAAAAUUCAAUAAAAUUCAUUUAUACAAAAAUCCGCCAUUUCAUUUAAAAAAUAAAACUUUUAUAAAUAUUCAUAAAUUAAUUAAAUCAAAUCAAAUUAUUUUAACAAAAUGGUUAAAUCAAUUAACAUAUUCAACAAAUUUAACUAAAAUUAUUAAUUUAACUGAACAAUUAACACAUUUAAUAUUAGAUUUAGCUUAUGAAAGAAUGAAACUUAUACUUUUAUAUGAAUUUCGUCGUAUAUUAAAAAAUGUAUUUGAUAUAGAAUCAUUAAAUGAAAAAUAUUAUACUAAAUCUAUGAUAUCUAAAGAAUUAUGGAAUGAUUUAAUUUAUAAUAAACUUUAUACAGAAUAUAUUUUUGAUGAAUUAGAUUUACCUAUUUUAUCAAUCAAAUCUGAAUUAAUACAAUCAGUUUUCAAUGAAAUUGAUUAUAAUGGAGAUGGAGUUUUCACACCAUCGGAAUUGGAAAUAUUUUUACAAUUUCAUGAGAUAAUGCUUUAAAUGAUCAAUUCACCUUUUAACAAACCGGUGUGCAAUUCAAACAGAAUAGAUUUUCGCAAAAUGAGGUGACUAUUUGAAGUGGAAUAUGAAGAAAAAAUAGCAAAUAGAUUAGAUAUUUCAUGUGGCAAUUUUAAGUAAUAAUCUCUUUUGCUUUUGCUUACAUCAAGAUCCCAAUAUUAAUGCCAUUGCAAUUACUGUUGUCAUUGUUGUUAUCACCAAGUAUUUCGUUAACCCUUCUUGAUUAUGUUAUUUGGUCAAAUAAAUGUGGUGAAAAUAAAGACAAUUAAAUG